AAUUUGCCCCUUUAAGUAUAAAAGAAGCCAAAGUAUAUUGCUGCUAACUGAUUAUACAGUUCUCAAAUUGCGACUCUGUUAACUGCAACCGCCUACCAGCAAUCUCUUGGCAACUGCCUGGCAACUUCCUAUGAAAGCCCAUAUCUCAAUCUCUCUCUCUCUCGCUAUCUCUCUGACAAGAUUUUAUGAGUUAGAUGUUCCUUUGGAAACCUAGUCAUCCCCUUCUUGUCUCCCAAAUAAUCUCCCUCCAUCUCGUUGAAGAAAAGCAAAGGGAAGAUCUCCAAGCAUGUUCUCUCUGUCCUUCAACACUGCAGUUGUGUCAGGUAACAUGGAGAGCCAGCAUUCUACUAGACCCGGUAACGAAAUUUUUCUGGCCUUGCAAAAACUCAAGAAAAUUCUGCACCAGAAAGCCAUGCAAUUUUCCUACGUUGAGUUGGACGCUGAUUCCUCGCAAAACAAUCCUUCUGUUGUCAAGAAUUUGAAGAGUAAUAUUAACGCAAGCAGGCUUAAAGCGAUAAAUGAACUGAGAUCGGUAGAAGAAAUAUCAGAGGAUUUGACCUGUCCCCAUGCUGCAAUUAAAGAAGAAGAAGACAGAGGCAUGCAUAAGGUGAUAAAUGGUAGAAAACUAUUAACAGAUUCGAGGGCCUCAAAUUCAAAUGGGGUAGCAAAUUCUUCAAAAGGUAAGGUUUAUAGUAAUUCUCGUGAAGGCAAACAGGUUGUGCAGGAUAGAGAUAUAGAGCAGCUGAGCAAGCGAUUGAAGUUUCUUGAAGAAGAAAACAAAAUAAUGAAGCAAGAGUUUUUUGAGCAAGUGGCAGAAAAGAAAAAGUUGGUGAAUGAGAUAUAUAAGCAGUUCCAGACUGUAUACCGUUGCCUUCAACUUGAAAAUCUAAUAAACGGAGAGGAGACAGGAUUGGAGACUGGCCUGCCAGAAGUAGGAUGGCAAGAUUCAAUGCCAAGCAAUUUCACCAGGGACCCAAGAGCCAAUAUCUUGGCAUUGGAGGAAGUUCCUGAAGGAACAUGGCAACAGGAUCAUGCUCAGAAUGAAUGAAAAGUGUUGGUUCUUAAACCUACACGUACAAUUUGCUGUUGUGUCUUGUGUGCUCGCUGUUUUCUUGCUUGGAUUUCUGAAGAACUUUAGGUAUAAAUAUGUAAAUAUUAAACAAAAUAAGUUAAGAUUCCAUCUUGUAAGAAAGCAUUUGUAACAGACAGGAAAAUCUAGUAUUAUUUGCAAACUACACAUUAGAUUUAUAAUCAGUAAAACAAAGAUUAGAUUUUUGUAAUAAAAAUGGGAGAAAAUGGAAUGGGUUGUUCGUCAUUUUCACCUU